AUUUGUCGAAAUCGACAACUUUUUACACUUUGUGUACGAAUCUCGUGGUUGUUGUACGUCGUAUUAGCUAACAAUUAAAACUUAAAAUGCCGAACGUAGUGUUCUACUAUUUCCCCGUGAAGGCCCUGGGCGAGGCAGUCCGUAUGCUCCUCGCGUAUGGAGGCCAGGAGUUUGAAGAUAACCGGGUGCCCAUGGAGAAGUGGCCCGAGUUUAAGCCUUCGACCCCAUUCGGUCAGAUGCCAGUCCUCGAAAUUGAUGGUAAGAAGUACGCUCAGAGUAUGGCCAUCGCUCGCUACCUCGGCCGCAAGUACGGGCUAGUGGGCAAGGACAUCGAGGAAGACUUCGAGAUCGACCAGAAUGUCGAGUUCCUUAACGACAUUAGAGCGAAGGCGGCGUCUGUGCAUUACGAAGCCGAUGUAGUACUGAAGGAGAAGAAACACGCGGACUUUGCCGCGAACUUAUACCCGACACUGCUGAGCAAGCUCGAUGAGAUUAUCAAGAAGAACAACGGACACCUUGCUGUAGGAAAGCUCACAUGGGCAGACUUCGUGUUCGCCGGUUUGUUUGACUAUUUGAAAAUGAUGCUACAAACGCCUGACCUUGAGCAGAAGUACCCUAGCUUUAAGCAAGUCGUCGACAACGUGCUAUCUAACCCUAAAGUUAAGGCCUACGUUGCCAAGGCCCCUGAAACCACUUUCAAGAGACACAUAUAUAUGUUGAUCAGCAGCAAAAUGCCGAAGACAGUAUUCUAUUACUUCCCCGCAAAAGCCAUGGGCGAGCCUGUACGACUGCUGCUUGCAUAUGGCGGAGAGGAGUUUGAAGAUAAACGCGUGAAGAUGGAGGAUUGGCCUUCGGUUAAACCGUCCAUGCCGUUUGGCCAGAUGCCGGUACUGGAAAUCGAAGGCAAGAAGUACGCACAGAGUAUAGCAAUCGCGCGCUAUCUAGGACACAAGCAUCACUUGGCUGGUGACUGCCUUGAAGAAGCCUUGGAGAUCGACCAAAAUGUAGAUUACUUGAAUGACCUUCGAAAUGAGGCAUCAUCGGUCUACUAUGAACAAGACGAGGCAAUAAAGGCUAAGAAGCACGAGGAAAACGUCCAGGCAGAAUACCCGAACAGCCUUGACAAACUAGAUGAUAUUUUUAAGAAAAACAACGGCCAUUUGGCAACAGGAAAGCUGACCUGGGGUGAUUUCGUGUUCGCUGGGGUGUUCGACUACCUCAAGGUCAUGCUGCGGAUGCCCGACCUGGAACAGAGGUACCCGAGCUUCAAACAAGUCAUUGACAACGUCUACGCAGUGCCGACCGUGAAAGCCUACAGUGACAAUGCGCCUAAAUCAGAAUUUAACUAUUAA